AUGAAGUUAAUAUCAUCAGACAUUAUUGCUUUUGAUCGAAUUCAAAUUAUGUCAUGGGAAUCAUUUGUAACUAAAUAUGUUCAUGAAAAAUCAAGUUACCAAGGCCUUGAUUCUUCUUCGACAAACAUAACUUCUCAAUCUAUGUCCAUACCAUUCUUUUAUGAUCCAUGUCAAGCAACAGCAUCUAAUCUUGCUUUUUAUCUUAAUCCCCAACGGCGUCCUGAUAUUAUUUUAAAUCAUUGUCUGUCAUAUAUAGAUGAUAAAUAA